UGUAAUGAGGCGCGUGUCAAAAGAGUCGGGCACUAGAUAGGAGUUUGCUCUGUCCUCGCGGUAGUGGUAGCAGUAACGUGCAGCUGUUUUUGCUCCAACAUAAGUUUCUCGCGUCUUCCCCGUAAGCACUGUUUGACCAGCUUUCUCUGUGCAUGUUGAUGGUGAUGCCUGGUAAUGCACAACACAUUUUCUUAAAUCCGUACAAGUGGGGUUGUCCUCCUAUAAUGAAUGAGUCACACUUCAUAAAACCUGGCUUUAUGUAGCUCAGUAAACGGCAAUCUUUGGCAACCUGACUAAAAUUUGUGACUGCUUAUGAGAGCACUUUCUCCAGAGAAGCGCUUGAAUGAUGAUGAUUGAACAGGUGGCUUUUAUAUAAUUAGAAGCACAAAACUCUUGGGUUGAGUAAAGCACACCUUGAGACCCUGGUCCCUCCCAACCUGUGCACGUCGUAUGAGACUACGUAUGGAGAAACCAGGGCUCUGCAAUCGCUUUAAUUUCCGAGGACUUUUAUCUCAGCAUCUGGCAAGUGUUGUACUAGCUGGGGACCACCUCGGAGCACUCUGAUUUAACAGUGCUUACUUGAAAAAUGAUUGGCCAAAUAUACAAUCAUCUGAAAUAUAGGAUGCUAUAAACAAGAAACAAAUGGUAUAACUGUGUGUAUUUCUUUGAUUUGGCGGUAGAAAACUUUUACGUCUGUAUGUUCUGUUGGGUGUUCAAAAUGCUAUUUUAAAAUUUGGAAGUCUGCUUUUAUUUAAAAAAAAGUUUUGCAAAAAAUAUGGUGAUGACUGUAACGAGAGCGCGCCCCUCUGCAAAAGACUGGCGAUGGACCGAAGAAAUCCUUGCUUCUUUUCCCGGCUGCCAGCAACGGGCAGAUAUAGCGGGGCUGCCUGACGCUGCCAGUCUUCAACUCCAGCACUCUCCCCGCAGGUGGAAAACUCAAAACUGUGCGGAUUUAGAGCUCGGCCAGUGUCGGCCUUUUGUACCAGUCGGUGCCCCAGAGAUGCAUUUUGAAGGGAGGAUUGCUCAAAAGGCGAUGCAAGGAAUGCCUGCUGAGGUGACCGAGCUCCAGGCUUCAAUGAAUUGCAUGCAGUCACCGACUAGGUUGGAGGGGAACGAAGGUGCAGUGACAAGAAUUUGCUCCUGGCGACGGGGAGUCUUUGCACUUGCUCUGGAUAUUUGGGGGGAAUCGCCCGAACCUGCACGUGCCGCUAUGCCUGUGCAUGGAAAUGUUAAUUGUACCAAAGCAGGGAGAGCACGCGCCGCUGGUGGAUGUCAGCGUGCUGAAGCAGCCUGCACCCCCGAAAUGGGCAACUGUCGAUGGCCAAGCUCUGGAGUUAACGGUAAUGGAAGGAAGAAUAACCCCGGUUUCCAGCUGACGAGUAACGUAAAUUCUUGGAUGAAGAAGUUCGAUCUACAGACCUUGGGGUGGUUGUGUGUGUUCCUAAUGCUUCUGCUCAACACGUUGCCAACAGUUGCGCAAGAAAAAUGAAUUCUGAGGUACUGUAAACAAUGUCCAACAGGGAUCCAUCUUUGGGCCAUUGAUGGCCUGUAUAUACAUAGUGCUGACCUGAUGGCAGUUCAGUACACCAAUGACAUGUUCUUGCUCUAUAUAAAUGAGUCCAAUCCCAAUGCAGGUCAAACAGGUUGAACUUUCCCAUUGUUGACAACUUUUUAAUAUCUGAAUAAUAGUAACAGACUAACUAGACUGUAUGCCAUGAUCGGCAAGAAAUGCAUUCAGAUGGUUGGGUAUCAUGUACAUGGUUUUUGUUUCAUUGAGGACCAUCUGCUACCUGGCUUUUGAGGGUCAAUAUUGUUUGUUUCUUACUGUUUACCUAAAGUUUUCUAUGUAUUUGUAGUCUGUACUAGACUUGCAACUGGUGGCAUCGGCAAACUGGAAUGAACUUGUUUCAAAUAUAUUCAAGCUGCCAACCCAAUACCAUUUAGCUCCCAUCAUUAUAAAGUGGUUAGUAGUCUAAACUGGGAUUUUGUUAAAUAUUAACUUGACCAUUUGCUUUCUGCUGUACUGUACUCUGUUUUCAUCCUGCAGCUGUAACUCAAAUGGGACUUCUCCAUGAUCUAAGGUGAGUAGAAGAGUCGUGGGGCACACAAAAUCAUAAAAAAUAGAAGGCAACUGGGCUGUGUGACCAUUUGCGCCUUGCCAGUCACCACUUAGAACUUUCCUUCUUUUUCAAUGAUGGGUAAGGCUAUUUAAGCUUGGUGGUGGUGGUGGGGGGGUGAAUUUGUGAAUAUCCAUCCUAUUUCCUAUCUCAUUAAGGAAGAUGAUGUGCCAAUUGCUUGAGCUGGAAAAAAGUUUCAUUCCAGAAAAGAGGUACUUGUGUGACCUCAGUUUCUUGCUGAAGCUGGUUUGGAUCUCUGGUCCUAGUGUUCACUGGACUGAUUAAUGAAAUGCAAGAGGUCUCUGCAGCCGCUUGAUACUUCUAGUAAGAUGCAUCCCAAAGGAGGCGUAUUUAUGAUCAGCGUUGAAUACAAAGGAAUAAGGACACGCUAUACAUCCCAAAGGAGGCGUUGUAUUUAUGAUCGGACUGAUCAGCGUUGAAUACAAAGGAAUAAGGACACACUAUACAUCCCAAAGGAGAUGUUGUAUUUAUGAUCGGCCUGAUCAGCGUUUAAUACAAAGGAGUAACGACACUGUGUAUACAUCCCAAAGGAGACGUUUUAUUCAUGAUCGGCCUGAUAAGCAUUGAAUACAAAGGAGUAAGGACAUGGUUAGAUAUUAAGAAUGCUUUCAUGAUCAGCUGUGCCAAACAGAAGGAUUUCUUAACCAUUUUUGCAACAUUAUGAUCAACAAAGAAAGAAUGAUCAAUCCUUGUCCCAAGGUGUCUCACAUCUUCAUUUUGGAGUUGGGUGUUGCCUGUACUAUAAGCUGGGUGCCAGGAUACUUGCCAAAUUCAACAAUAUUGCACUUUGCAGCAUUUAGUCAUUUCCUGUUUGUGUGCCAGCUAUUAACUUCUAAGUUCGUGUCACAGAUUUCUGCAUAUCAGAAGAGGAUUUGAAGAGGACACCCAUCUACUUACAAUGUUCUGCAAACUUGGUUAAACCAAAAUCCUUUCUGGGAGCUGUCUUAUUUGUAAUCGUCUAGGUGGUAGUUGAAACAGUUUUAUAAUUGAUUUUAGAGGUUAUGUUUGCAAAAGUGAAGUAAAAAAAAAUGACACGUGCACUUUUUACACUACCUUGCCUUUGUUGAAAUGGUCUUGCAUGACUACCACACUGAAACUGUAAGAUUUUGUUGAACGAUUAAUACAAAAACAGGCACCUUUUGUAUUGGCUUAUGAUUUAUGUUUCUGCCUUUGACCAUUGUUGGCUGCUCUUGUUAUGUUAUGCAUUAUCUUUAUAUUUUCUAUUUGGAGAUUUUUCUCCUCAGGCAUUCAUUGGAAAUGAAUCAUAUGGCACGUGGUUAGUAAAAUAUAAGUGCAUACAUGUGGGUAGUUUUUUGAGCAACUGGGUCCACUAACUAGCCAGGACUUUCCUUUUUUGUUCCUUCUCUCUAGCUUUUUGUAAUUCUAUCAUUUGCUGUUGCACUUGUUCGCACUACACAACAGUACUAUAAACAUUGACUUGGGAGUUACUGAUUGGUUGCCACAGAAUUAUCCACUAAAACUAACUGGUGAUUUUUAGAGAAAGUGAGCCUGUCAUUUCACUGGCAGCCCAGCUUGACAACCAAAUCUCCACAGCUAGCAGUACAGCUGCAGAUGGACACAAUGACUCUGUAGUGCAAUAUAGGAUGCAUUUUAUGCACUGUUGUAAAAACCUGCAGCAGAAGACAGAUAUGUACAGGUGUUGCCUAGCUGGAGAGAAAAAUAAAUAAAAAAAAAAAAGGACUUUCUUGCAGAUUGUGGGUGCUGCAUGGGCAAAUGUUAUAUGAUACUGUUUUAAUGCCACAAAGUUAAUGAUGCUCAAACUUUCUUUUGGAGAUGAGGGCUGUAGAAGAGCUAGUUACGGAGAAUGCAAAAUUUCCACAGUAUAAAAAUGACAUCAAAGGAUCUCCUCAAGUUUUAUCCUAAAAAUGAUGGUGCAAAGUAGUAUUUUUGAAGGUGAAGUUAAGCUUAUAUGGACUUCUAGUUUGAACUAAACUGGUACAUGUCAGACCGGACACGUACCCUGUAUCUCAUUCCCCGCAGCGGGUAGCUGAUGUGGUGAUAUUUUAUGAGGUAACCCUGAUUUUAAGAUUUUGCAGCUCGGUUAACAUCAUUGAGAAGGAAAGUGAGUUUUGAAUUUGGGGCCUGCAGACUGACCAGUUGUGAACUGGGAUCUUAUGACCAGGCUGGAUUCAGUCCUUUCUACUUGCUACAAAAAUGGGAGUGAGAUGGGAAAAAGAUUGUGUUUGUAAUGGCUGCCACAUUUGAUCUUUAGAUGAUGUUAAGUUGAUGAGUUUCAUCUAAGCACAUUUUUGUUUUAAUUUGCAAAAGUAUUAGGUCUGCAGGCAUGUCUGUACAAGAUGAUUGAUUAAAUCUGAUUGUGUUUGAAUUCACUGAAAAUUAGAACUGGGACAGGCCAUUAAAUGGUCUCGAAAAUGGCAUUAUAUUACCAUUUUGUUGUCUUGUUUUUCUGUUUGUGUUCACAGCUGGCGGAUUUUGUUUGUUUGGCGUUUGCUGUUUUUUGCAUAUAUCAAACUGGAAAAAAUCUAUAGUUUCUUAAAUGAUAUUGGUAAUUUAAAAUUUUGAGUUCAGCACUUGAUUUUUAGAUGUGCUUUGUGACCAGUACAUGUACAUCUAUGUGGAUGUUUAUGAAACAAAUACUUUAUGCAAGUCUUAAUACAUUUUAUAAUGAACUGCAUGUUUCAUGGUGUGAGGAUUGGCAAACUGCUUCUGCUCGUGAUCCUGGAGGCCAUAGUGUGUGUGUGUGUGUGUGUGUGUGUUACACACACCCAUCAGCGCUGUAUACUGACAUAAGUAGAUCUUGUGUAGUCCAGGCACUGAAGCACAUAGUUUGACUGAGACUGGCGUGAUAUGGAGGUAAGGAGCCAUAUUUUCUAAAAGACAAGUGGAUGAGAAGGAUCAGCUUGGGAACGGAGGUUUUAGCAGAUGUAGUCUGUGGGGUAGGGCAAGUGAUAAAUAUUUAGAAAGCACUUGUAUGCUUCAAUAGUAAGUGGGGAAAUUUAUUAAGAUUAGUUAUUUUGUUCUAGACUACAGUUGGGGGUUGACAUAAUGAUUUAAGAUAUUUACCUCACAAACAGAAGUAAUGAUUGUGGUGGUGGAACGGUUAGUAUUGUCACCUCACAUAAAGAAGUUUUCUGUCACCUCACAUAAAGAGGUUUUCUGGUUUGAUUCUUGGCUGGAGCUUCUUUUAUGCGUCCACAUAUCCUCCCUGUGGUCGAGUGAGUUUUAAAGACAUGCAGGUUGGUGGGUAUGUAUGUGUAUGCCUUCUGGGAAGGUUGGGCACUAGGCUGGCAACUUGACACAGUCAAAACACCACUGCCAAUCAAUUUGCGGACUGGUGAUUAACAGGAGAAGCUGAAAGAACUUGCUUUUAUCUCACAAACUGAAGUGCUGGGUUUGAUGCUCCCCUGUGAAGGGAAGCUGCCUAUGCAGUUGGUCUAGUACUUGCCUAUGAAAUCAGGAACUGUGAAAGCUAUGAUUUAAACAGGUACUUUGUCUUUGGCUUCAGUAUUACAUGGACUGGUUG